AUGAGGGAGAAUCUGACGAUGAGAUCAAAAAUCUGCUAUUGUGAGAGAUAUAUUAGACUAUGUCUGUGUGAAAAAAGGAAUUAUUCAGGUGCUGGCGAUGCUCUAUGGGGUGGCGCUGGAAAUCGGACUCUAUUCACAGGGGUUGGGCCAAGAACUGAUGUCCGAGCGUUGAAGGAUAUCACUGACAAAUUGAAUGAUGGCUCGUCAUGGAAGGCUCUUGGAUGCCGAUUGGUAGACCCACGAUUUUACCACAUUGACACCGCCUUCUGCCCGUUAAAUGAAGAACUAGCAAUGUAUUACCCCUACGCUUUCGACCAUAUUAGUCAGCACAACAUGCACAAUGAAACUGAUCUCUUACCUGUGUCUGAUAAGGAAGCCCGCAAUUUUGCCUGUAAUGCCGUUGUGGUAGGACGAAAUAUUGUGAUGCAUCAAGGGAACGAGGAAAUCGCUACAAAGUUGGAAAAACUUGGUUUCAGCGUUAAAUUCGUCGACAUGAGUGAAUUCAUCAAGAGCGGCGGUUCGGCGAAAUGUUGUACUUUGGCCAUCUAA